AUGUUAUCAACAUCUUUUUUUGGAAAUAGACAAUUUAUUCGAAAGCUUCAUAUUCCUAGCCCUUUACCUUAUGAUAUAACAGAAGGAAUUGAUCCAUUAUUUGAUGUGGAUAAUUUUGCAGAAAUAUGUAAUUAUCGAGCCAUGCUUAUCGAGAAAUUAAAUUCGCUUGUAUCUG